AUGGGAGAAUCUCAGUCCAGACAUGAAAAAAUCACAAAGGAGACUCAGCAUGGAGAUCAACAGGAUGUCUGCUUUGCCUUUGAAACAAUGAGCCAGAUGCAGAUGGAGACCAAAGACCAGCACUCUUUGCUAGGACGUCUCCAAUCCCUUCUCAGAUGGCCAAGCACAUCCAAUGACAUGUCCCUUAUCCACCACAUCUAUGGAAAACAGCAGACCUCAGAUCAUGAGUCAAGGAGACGCUCUCUUCUGUCAAAAAAGGAUCAUGUUAACUGGGAAACUGACAAGUCUGAAUGUAGAAGCAAAGGGAACAUUCCAAUAAUAUAUGAGAAGCAAGGAGAGACUAUUUGCCCCAUACAGUCCUUCAAAAAGUAUUUGCUCCAAAAUUUCACAAGGCUACUUCUCCUACGAAAAUUGUGCCCAAGAGGCUCAGAGAACUUGGUCAGGAAAAGCUGGCAUUCAUGUGUACCAGAAGAAGGAGGACAUAUGAUUGAGAUCCAAGACUUAUUUAAUCCAAGCUUAGAUACCCAGAAAGAGCCUCGAUUAGUCAUAGUAGAGGGUGCUGCAGGGAUUGGCAAGUCAACACUGGCUAGGCAUGUGAGGAGAGCCUGGAAGGAAGGCCAGCUCUACAGGGAUCGCUUCCAGCAUGUCUUCUUCUUCAGCUGCAGAGAGCUGGCCCAGUGCAAGCAGCUGAGUCUGGCUGAGCUCAUAGCACAAGGCCAGGAAGUGCCCACAGCUCCCAUCAGUCAGAUCCUGUCUCACCCUGAGAAGCUGCUCUUCAUCCUCGAUGGCAUAGAUGAGCCAGCAUGGGUCUUGGAGGAGCAGAAUCCUGAGCUAUGUCUACACUGGAGUCAAACACAGCCUGUGCACACUCUGCUGGGAAGUUUACUAGGGGAAUCCAUCCUUCCUGAGGCUUCCUUCCUGCUCACAGCUCGGACCACAGCUCUGCAGAAGAUCAUUCCUUCCUUGAAGCAGCCAUGUUGGGUGGAAGUCCUGGGGUUCUCUGAGUUUGAACGGAAGGUCUAUUUCUACAAAUACUUUGCAGAAGAAGGAGCUGCAAUUAUAGAUUUUAGUUUAAUUGAAUCAAACCCAGUGCUCCUGACCCUGUGUGAGGUUCCCUGGGUGUGCUGGCUGGUCUGCACUUGCCUGAAAAAGCAGAUGGAGCAGGGUGGAGACCUCUCCCUGACCUCACAGACCACCACAGCCCUCUGCCUGAAAUACCUUUCCCUGAUAAUCCCAGGUCAGCACGUGAGGAUCCAGCUCAGAGCCCUCUGCUCACUGGCUGCUGAGGGGAUCUGCCAAAGAAGGACCCUGUUCAGUGAAAGUGACCUCUGUAACCAAGGGUUAGCACAGGAUGCCAUUGCCACUUUCCUGAAGAUUGGCAUCCUUCAAAGGCAGCCCAGCUCUCUGAGCUACAGCUUUGCCCACUUGUGUCUCCAGGAGUUCUUGACAGCGAUGUUCUACAUCUUGGAGGAUAGUGAGGAAAGACAUAAUGAUAUGGAAAAUGACAGAAUUUUGGAAACACUGGUAGAAUGGUAUGGAAGACAAAACCUGUGUAAAGUACCCACUGUGCGCUUUAUAUUUGGUCUUUUUAAUAAACAGGGAAUGAGAGAAAUGGAAAAGAUCUUUGGCUGCAAGCCUCCUUGGAAGACAAAGUUUAAGCUGCUAUGGAGAACCAUAGGGUACCUACCCUAUCAACUUCAUCAUCUGGGUUUGUUCCACUGUCUGUAUGAGAACUGGGAAGAGGAGCUCCUGACAGAUGUGAUGUAUAGUUUUCACGUAACAAAGCCUGACUCAAAUUCCAUGGAAGCCAUAUUGGUCCAGACAAACAUGAAUCACCUGGUGGUACAGACAGACAUGGAGCUCAUGGCUGUCACUUUCUGCCUUAAGUUCUGCUAUCAGGUGACGACUCUUCAGCUGAACAGAAAAGGGCCGCAGGGACAUGAGUUGACGCCCCCCAGGAUGGUCCUGUGCAGGUGGACCCCAAUCACUGAUGCCAGUUGGAAGAUUUUCUUCUUCAAUCUUAAAUUCACAAGAAACCUGGAGGAGCUGGACCUAAGUGGAAAUCCACUGAGUUACUCUGCAGUGCAAAGUCUCUGUACAACCCUUAGAUACCCUGACUGCCAACUAAAGACCUUAUGGCUUAUCAACUGUGGCCUCACAUCCACACACUGCAAAGACCUGGCCCCAGCACUCUGUGCCUGUUCCAGCCUGAUAGAGCUUGACCUGCAGCUGAACGACCUGGGUGAUGAUGGUGUGAGGCUGUUGUGUGAUGAACUCAGGAAUCCUGCUUGCAAACUCAGCAACCUGUGGCUGGACCAGGCUUCUCUCAGUGACCAGAUGAUUAUAGAGCUCAGGGCCCUGACAGCAGAGAAUCCAAUGCUGUUCAUCUCCAGCACAUGGAAGCCAUAUGUAAUGGUCCCCACUGAGAACAUGGAUGAAGAAGAAGUGGGUGGUAGCCCAACCUCAUUCAAGAAGGAGCGACAACAGUCAGUAGAUAAACCCAUGGAAACUCUGGGAACUGAUGAUGACUUCUGGGGCCCAACAGGACCUGUGGCUACUGAGGUGGUUGACAGAGAGAGGAACCUGUACCGAGUUCAAUUGCCCAUGGCUGGUUCCUACAACUGUCCCAGCACAGGACUCCACUUUGUGGUGACAAGGGCAGUGACAAUUGAGAUUGAAUUCUGUUCCUGGAGCCAAUACCUGGACAAGACUCCCUUGCAACACAGUCACAUGGUGGUUGGACCUCUGUUUGACAUCAAGGCUGAGCAAGGAGCUGUGACUGCUGUCUACCUCCCUCAUUUUGUGUUCCUCCAAGAGGAAACAGUGGACAUCUCCUUGUUCCAUGUUGCCCACUUUCAAGAACAUGGGGUGGUUCUAGAAACCCCAGCAAAGGUGGAACAGCAUUACGCAGUACUGGAAAACCCAAGCUUCUCCCCAAUGGGAGUUCUACUGAGAUUGAUUCCUGCUGUUGGAUACUUCAUCCCCAUCACUUCCAUCACAUUGAUCUACUAUCCCCUCUAUCUAGAGGAUGUCACCUUUCACCUUUACCUGGUCCCCAAUGAUUGCACUAUUCGGAAGGCCAUUGAUGAUGAGGAAAUGAAGUUCCAGUUUGUGCGCAUAAACAAGCCACCCCCAGUGGAUGCUCUUUAUGUUGGUUCCCGCUAUAUCGUGUCUGGCUCCAAAAAGGUGGAAAUUAUCCCAAAGGAACUGGAGCUAUGCUACCGAAGCCCUGGGGAAUCUCAGCUCUUCUCUGAGAUCUACAUUGGACAUAUGGAUUCAGAGAUCAUGUUGCAAAUCAGAGACAAGAGGCAUAUGAAUCUUGUAUGGGAGGCCUUGCUGAAACCAGGAGACCUCAGACCAGCACUGCCCAGGAUUGCUCCAGUCCCCAAAGAUGUUCCUUCCUUGCUACAUUUCAUGGACCACCAUAGGGAGCAGCUGGUUGCCCGGGUGACAUCAGUGGACUUCCUAUUAGACAAACUGCAUAGUCUGGUGCUAAGUGAAGAAGAUUAUGAGGCAGUGCGGGCUGAGAUCACAAACCAAGACAAGAUGAGGAAGCUCUUCAGCCUCAGCCGAUCCUGGAGCUGGGAUUGCAAAGACCAAUUCUACCAAGCUCUGAAGGAGACCCAUCCUCACCUGAUCAUGGACCUCCUUGAGAAGUUGGGUGGGGUCUCUGUUAGAUCCUGA